AUGGACGGCGUCGCCGGCGGCCCCGGCUCCGGCUCCGGCGUCGACCUCGACGCCUACGUCCGCGUCUGGGGGCGUAUCAAGUCCUUCAACGGCAAGAGGCACGUCGGCGCCCACUUUCUGCGCGCCGUCACCGACUUCAACGAGGUCAACUACCACCUGCUCGAGAGCACCUACGUCCACCUCUUCUUCACCAAGGGGCCCCUCGGCGGUGCCAAGGCCGAGGACAACGGCGACGGCAUGUUUGUCGACGGCGGCGGCCACGGCAACAACACCAGCAACAACAACAACGCAUCACACGCCACCGGCCAGUCGAGCAAGGUCGCCCAGUGCACGCCCAUGGGCCAGAAGAUGUACAACUUCCUCGUCAACGCGCCGGGCGGCAACGAGGGCGUGCACAUGAAUGUCAUUGCGAGCGGCGCCGGCAUGAGCAUGCGCGACGUCCUCGGCGCCGCCGACGACCUACUCGGCCAGGGGCUCGUGUAUACCACCAUCGACGAUGAGACGUGGGGCCAUUCUCGAGUAUUUGAGCGGGUGGCGGUCGGGUGA